AUGCCCACUGGGAUAUCUCCGCUGGUGCAAAAUAAUGCUGCUGUUGCCGUCCCGAAGAGCUCAAACUACGUGGGUAAUACCCGAGUCAACCUUCCCACAAAACCAUCGCCGCCCGCGUUCCGGAAAGAGAUCGUGAAGAAGAAGAGACUAAAGCCUCGGCCUCAACUCACAGAGGAGUUUGCACAGUCGGACAGUGUAUACUACAGAAAGACAGGAAACGAAUCUGUGGUGGGCAGCGGUACAUACGGCAAGGUCUACAAGGCUAUACAUGUAUAUACGGGAGGCAUGGUGGCGUUGAAGAAGAUUCGCAUGGAGGGCGAACGCGAUGGGUUUCCAGUCACCGCAAUCCGCGAGAUCAAGCUCUUGCAAUCGCUCAACCAUGCGAACGUUGUUGCACUACUCGAAGUCAUGGUGGAGCGUAAUGACUGCUUCAUGGUGUUCGAGUACUUGUCCCACGAUCUCACUGGUCUUCUCAACCACCCCACCUUCGCACUUACCGCUGCACACAAGAAGCACCUCGCCAGGCAGCUCUUCGAAGGUCUUGACUACCUUCAUAGGAGAGGAGUCUUGCACCGAGAUAUCAAAGCUGCCAACAUCCUCGUCUCCAACAAGGGCGAGCUCAAAUUGGCCGAUUUUGGACUUGCACGUUUCUAUCAGAAGCGGCAAAAACAAGACUACACCAACAGGGUCAUUACCAUCUGGUAUCGAAGUCCCGAGCUUCUUCUUGGUGAAACACAAUACGGACCAGCCGUUGAUAUCUGGAGUGCAGCCUGCGUCCUCGUUGAGAUCUUCACCCGCCACGCCAUAUUUCCCGGCGAUGGCGGCGAGAUCAAUCAACUUGACAAGAUCUACAACGUCCUCGGAACGCCCUCUCGUAGCGAAUGGCCAGGUAUUACAGAGCUUCAAUGGUACGAACUCCUCCGACCGAGCCAUCGCAUCCCGUCGACUUUCGAGGAGAAGUACCGCGAACGCGUCUCACCUGAGGCAUUCGAGCUGCUCCAGGCCAUGUUUCUUUACGAUCCGGCUAAUCGCCCGACCGCAUCCGACGUGCUGGAGCAUCCCUACUUCACUGUCGAGGAACCCAAAGCGGCGCAGGUGGUCGAGCUGGAGGCAUUGGAAGGUGAUUGGCAUGAGUUUGAGUCGAAAGCUCUUCGCAAGGAGAAGGAAAGGCAGGACCGUGAGACAAGACGCAGGGAUCGCGAGACGGAGAAGCGCAAGGCUGAUGAGGUCCCACUUGCUGGUGGUGCUGAUGCGAAGAAGUCAAAGCCGACGGACGAAGCUGUGGAGUAGGACUCUGCGGUGGAGGUCUUGAGGAGAAGAGGGCAGGCGAGGUUGACGAGGAGUCUGUAUAGUGUGGUCUGAGGUGAUGGGUGGAAUGGAAGAGGCGUAAUUAUCUAGAUAGCCAUUCUUGGAUAUGAUUCAGAAAGGCAUUCAACCAAGAG